GACUGACAGACUGACAGACUGACAGACUGACAGACUGACAGACUGACAGACUGACAGACUGACAGACUGACAGACUGACAGACUGACAGACUGACAGACUGACAGACUGACAGACGGACAGACAGACGGACUUUCGGGACCCACUUUUUUGGCAUUCUCUACCAUCGUAAUGUCAUGGAAAAAUGUUAUCUCAACUUUUUUUUUUUGUACGAAUGCAUAACUUGAUAUAUAGUACCUAUAUCGCAAGUAAAAAGGGGUAGGUAAAUCUCGGAAUGAAUGUUAAUAGAAAUUUUCUUUGCUCAAUAUCUUCCUUUUGCCAUUCUAUAACAUAUCUCAAAAGUCUAGAAAAAUCUCAUGUCCGCUUGUCGCGAUUUCAAGGUCAAAUCGCGAAAUGGAGAUUUUCAAAAUUAGCAAAAAUAGACUAUGGUAUUAUAUUAUACACAUAUGGUACAUGAUUUCAAGGUAUUUUUUAAUGCUGAUUCCAAAAAAUCAAGACAAUCUGACGUCUCUGGAAAAAGUUUACCUGUUUUUCAUCUGUCAACUCAUAUUAUUAUAACAGUUGCAAACUUACUGCCGAAAAACCCUGAAAAGUUAUGGUAGAUGAACCAAAUUUUGCUUGAAGAUUUUAGAAUCCAUCAUUAUUAAAAAUCAAAACAAUCUAUUACAAAAAAUAUAGCUAUAUACCUACGAAAUAAUGGUAUUUUUUGAUGGAGGGGAUAGGAUAGGAUAUGCACUAAAGAAGAUUCUUGUUCAUCUUAAGAAUAAGUGCUAAUAGGCUAAUUUUUUCAUUUUAAUCUUUGUUUGGAUAUUCUUUAACUACCCUCAAAAAUCUAAAAAAAUCUCAUGUCCGCAAGUCCUAAUUUUCUUGAUUUGAAGAUAAGGCGCAGAUUUGAAAAAAAAUGAAAAACUACUCUUCAGAUAUUUGUGUCAGAUCAACAUGAAUAAGGUGCAUUACUUUUCAGGGAUGGUCAUAUUGAUUUGUUUGUGGGUUUUGUUGGAAUCAGCGUUAAAAAAUACAUUGAAAUGAUAUGGGUUAUGUUGGUAUACAUAUAAGAAUCUAAAGUUUUCUUAUUAUUUUUUUUAAAUCUGCACCUAACUUGGUUUAACCUGGACAUGAGAUUUUUUUAGAUUUUUGACAUAAGACUUUUGAGAUAUGUUAUAGAAUGGCAAAAGGAAGAUAUUGAGCAAAAAAAAUUUCUAUUAACAUUCAUUCCGAGGUUAAACUCUUAUUUAAUUGGACUAUAAGGAUUUUACAAUAUUCGCUUUCAGGUAGGUUUAGUCAAAAAAUAUUUGGAUUUUAAAGUUUGUAGCCUAACUUUCAAAUUAAUUGUCUUCCUAACCUCAGGCAAACGAAUCGCAAAGACGAGGGGGUUACAGGAUUUAAAUACCUCUUUCAAAAUAGUAAAGACAAAAAAUAUUUUUGGCGUAACAGAAGAUAUUAAACAAAAUUAUGCUAGUUUUAGGGUAAAUAUCUUUUCGAAAUUUCAAACAUCAAUAUACUAAUUAAAGAAAUGCUUUAGAUCACUUACUAAGGAUUUUACAAUAUUCGGCUCUGAUUUCGUCAGCUUUAAAAUAUAAAACGUAUUCAGUUAUAUUUAAUAGAUUUUCUUAAAUUGAUUUGAAGGUUAUUUUAAGUGACCUAAGCUUGCUUAAAUAUUUAAUUUGCCUUUAGACAAGGUUGCUUAUAUUCUUAUCUAUUAUUGGUUUAGUCAAAAAAUAUUUGGAUUUUAAAUCCAUACAAAACUCUACACCACCUUACAUUUAUUAUCGAACGAAUCAAAAUAAUCCUAAUCCAGCAUAUAGCGGUCGCUAAAAAUAUGACCACAUCCCCAAAUAUGCUAAAAUAGUUGGUUUGAAUACCUAAAAUUUUUUUCACUUUUCAUUUUUGUUCAUGUUCUAAAACUUCGACAUUUUGAAAAUCAUCUAACUCAAAAGAAUUUGGUAGCACUUAACAAUUUCUUGUUUAAGUUUUGAGUUCUUGGGGGGUCAUGACCCCGUGACAACCCCCCCGACCCCUGUAUACGCCGCUGCGAACAGCUGCUAACACUUCCAUCCCCCAGGCACAUCCAACAUUUGGGAAAAAAGCCUAGAGAAUAGUUCCUUGGUGGAACUCAGAGCUCUCUUCGCUCCGUCAAGAAAAGAUGCUAGCUCUCAGAGAAUUCCAAAAGAGGCAAAGUCAACCCAAUUUGAUUCUGUAUAAAAAGGCUGACGUCAAAUUUCGCCGACUCCUUAAAGACAGCUAAGCCAAAAGUUUUUCUAAAUUUACAGUACCUAUCAAUCCCAAUACUUCAACCUUAAAAUAUGGCACAACAUUCGUCAAUUGACAGGAAAUCCAUCAACACUAUUCAUUAAAAGUGUCAGAUCCUCGAACCAUCUAAUUACAGACCAUGUCCAAAUAAGUGACUUUUUUGCCAAAACCUGGUAGAGCUUUUUAAACGACUUGAAUUUUUAUUCUGACUUUACAAAUUCUUUCUUUCAAAAUAAUCCAGUAUCGCUCAUGCAGCAAAUUUUUUUACAGGUAAUUAACGCGCACUAAACGGAGUUAAAUGUCCUUAAUAUGUUAAACACAAUGCGAGCUUCAGAAAAAUAAGGAGGGUUUUAAGAGGAGAAACCGAUGCACAUUAGUUUUAAAGCUCUGGACAUUAAAAUGGCAGGGAAAAACAGAGGCGGGUAAUAUAUUCCACAUUCGUGUGGUGCGGCUCAAGGGUAAACUGAUGAGCAUUCCUAGAAGCGCGAGUAUUACGGUUAAAUUUUUUCAGGGGAGGAAUGCAACUAGCACUAGCUAUUUCAUCUGAACAUCCUGCCGCUAGACGAAUUGAGGAACCGAUUUCGUAUAUUAUAGAAUUCGAAACUUGUCUGAAUAAAGUCAAAGGAAAGACACCCGGUCGCGACCGAAUAUACUACCCGAUGUUUAAACAUUUGCCGACCGAUGUAAAUUCAAGACUUAUAACAUUGUUCAGAUACAUACUUGAUUCAUCGAUUAUUCCACAUAGCUGGAAAACAGCUUCACUUAUACCUAUCCUAAAACCAAAUAAAGACAACACUCUUGCUGAAAAUUAUCGCCCUAUUUCUUUGAUUCCCUUUGCAUGUCUUAAUUAUUGGAAAAAAUAGUAGCUAAACAUCUUCUUUGGUUUGUCGAAACAAAAAAGCUAAUUUCUCCCAACAAAGUAGCCUUCAAACCAAACAGAGGAUGCACCGAUGCUCACCUUCAUAUCGACUAUUACAUCUGCAAAGCAUUGUCUGCCAAAAACCACGUCUCAGUUGUCUCAUAAGAUUUCGAAAAAGCCUUCGACAAAAUUGGAUUACACACUAUUCUGAGUACCUAAACUCAAUGAUUGGGGUGCUGGAAAGAAAAUCUACGGAUACGUAAAAUCCUUCUACUUAACUAAUAGAAAGUUCUAUACUAACGUUAACAAAAACUAUUCAAACCAAUUCCCCCAUUCCACAAGCAUCCCCAUUCACUGUGCUACAAAAUAAAAAAAAAAAAUACACCCGAGAAAUAACAUAGUGUAGGCUGUUCGUAUGGUCGAAUAAUGCAUAAAAAUAUUUUUGUUAUAUUAUUGGAACCCUCCAUUUUUUUUUAUUUACAAAAAACCAUUUUUACAGACUUUACGAUGUAAUCUAUCAAUAUCUCAGUCAUUUUUUUAACAAUUCUCAAUAUGUUAUAUGUUUUUGGAUUUCUAGACCUUUUGAAUGAUGUAUAUAAGAUUAGGGUUUCCAGAACAUCUCUUUUAAAGAGAACAUGUUCUCUUUUUCAACUCUGAUCUUUUUUACACUCUCUUUUUUCAUAGUAUUCUUUUUUUGUUCUCUAUUUUUCAAAUGUCCUCUUUUUAGUAUCUUUUUUUAUUUUCGUCCAUAGUUUUUCAAGAUUGUUACAAUUAUCUGUCUCGUUGUUUCAACUCUCAAACUCUGCCCACUCACAGUUAAGGUAAAGUGUUCAUCGCAUUUAAAUUCAAAAGAGAUGUUCUGUUUUUCGUUUUCGAUCUACAUAUUUUAUAAUUUCUUUUUCUACACGGAUCUCAGUUUAAUUGCCUUUCAGCUCGAUCUUUUUAUCUAAGUACUUCUUAAAAAUUUAAAUAAAUUGUGGCUCGUUAAAAAGCUGACUUGUGCAGUUAUUCCAAAGUUUACUUCUCUAUAGAAGUUAAACAUCCAUUCAAAAGAUUUACAAUAACUGAGAAUAUGGACGCGUUCUUCUUUGAAAAGAUUUGAUCAUUUUUAACGUAAUUCCUGUGUCCCAGAUCCACUACUUUUAAGUAACUCUUUAGGAAAAAUAAAUUUGUUCUGCUUAUGUGACGUUAGCUUUUGCUUUUUCUUAUCAAUUACUCUCUUUUUUGUUCUUUGUUUUUUUUUUCUUUUAAGUCCUCUUUUUUUAAAGGUUCAAGAGUAAAAUGUUCUCUUUUUAUUAAGGUCCCAUAUGGACACCCUGAUAUAAGUCUAUUGAUUAAACAAAUUAAGUGUAGGUUUUUAUCCCAUAAAUCUUGAAAAAGUGAUUUUUUUCUCAAUUUUUUCAACUUUACCCAAUUUUUUUCGCAAAAUAAAACAAACAAAAAAAUAAAUUCUGAAAGAAUAUUCAUUUAGGCACAAAUUGGUGUAUGGUUUUGUUGAAUUUGACCAAAACUGCGCAAUCUAUGCUACUUUUUCGUAACUAGAAAAUAUGGCAAAUCCUGAUGUGAAUUGCAAGGUGCACAAUAGGGUGCUCAUUAUUUUUAAAUAAUUAGAUUUUGUAUGCUCCUAAGAUCUUAUAUGGUUGGAAAUAAACUAAAAAUAAUAUGCCCCAAGUUUCAAGUCUUUUUUUUUAUGAGUCAACUUAUGCGACACAGUUUAUUUUAUAAAAAGAUUUUCCGCAACUCCACAUGGAAGAAGCUUCUCCAUAAACUCGCGGUCUUCUUCGAACAAAAAGACCAAAUAGAAAAUAAUAAAAAAAAAAGCAGACAGAAUAUCAGUCGUCUACUUCAACUUCUUCUUGGGGCGGAGAUUGUUGGUGUGUCCACACUUCUUGCGGCAAUUUGUGGCCCUUGGGUGCAACCUGGCGUAGCGCUUGCGGCAAAUCAUCUUGUCGCAAUAAUUGUACUUUUGUGCCAAAAUACGCAGAGAUGGCUCAAUGAUACCACAACGAGGACGGAGCACCAAGUGAAGGGUGGAUUCCUUCUGGAUGUUGUAAUCGGAUAGAGUGCGACCAUCUUCCAAUUGUUUUCCGGCGAAGAUCAAACCAAAGAUCAUAUAACUAGUAAAGAUGUCGCAGGUAGAACAAAUUCCUGUGCUUGAAAUUUUCUACCAUCAGAUUUUACCCAUAGGUCCAAAACAUGUAUCCAAGAAUUAAAUUGUUGAGAAACAUUUUAAAAUUUUUCGAUGACUGCGUAGAAAAGAGAGGGCUCAUUUUUAUAGAUGAAUUUAUUUAAUGGGAGGAAGCGAGAUAGUAGUUAAAUGUUGAUACGAAUACCUAAGGAAAAGAUAAUAGAAUAAAAAAAUACAUUUGUCUGCGAGAAUGUACCUAUGAAUUAUUGUUUUUUUCUUAAAUUAUUCAGGAAACUGAUAACAACACAUGAUUCAAAAUAUAAUUUAAAUAAGAACAAUUUUAGAUAUAUAUAUGUAUGACAAGAGUGUAUGAGCAAAAUUAUGUGAAAAUGAAUUUCAACCCUCAAAUUGUCAAUAGGUCCAAAUCAUAAUAAAGCAGAAAUCCUUCGCAACAUUAAAAAAAAGUUCUUAUCAUGAGUGGGAAAGAGAGAGUUAUUUUUAAUACAAUUCUUAAAUGCGAAGGACCGAGAUGUAAGUUGAAUAGGAACAAAUGAAAACAAAAAGGAUCGUUUUGCCGUGCGGGUAUAUAUUUUUUUUUCACAACUGGAUUGCUUCGCACAAGCAGGGCGAAGACGAGAUGGCUAGUUUAAAAGAUUGAUGAAAAAAAGAAGAAAAACAACUUUAGCAAGUGACUGGUGUGCUUGAGGUCAGCGUUGCCACAAAGUGCCCGAUCGGGCCAUUUGGCCCCCUAUCUUAUAUUUUGGCCCUUUGCCCGGGCCAAUUAGAAAUGGCCCACGAAUCCAAGUUUUAGUAGAUUCAUCUUCAUAUGGUGCUUAGUAAUAAUUAAAAGGCUUUACAAAAUUAAAUAUGCACUUGAGCAAAAAAAUGGAAUCAAACUUUGCGUUCUGUAAAAACGAUAAUUGGUGAGGAUGCAAUUGACACACAUGAAUGUUAAUUGCACCAUUAAAAAGCUUAAAACAAAAGCUUUAAAUCAAUGCUAGGAAUUUAAAAACCGGUUCACUUUAUAAAGAUCCAAUCAACAUAAAAGAAGUAUGUAAGUAAAAAAAAAAACUGAAAUUGAAAUAGAGAGUAGCUGAAAAAUUUACCAUUUUAAAAAAAUGAAGUGCAAUUUAUUGACAGAUAACGUCAAUAAAUUGCACUAAAUUGUAACGUUAGGAAAAAAAGACUGAAAUUGAAACAGAGAGUAUCAAGAAAAUUUAACAUUAGAAAAAAAUGAGGUGCGAUUUAUUGACAGAUAGCGAUUAUACUAUGGUACGCAUAAAAAAUUCAAGCUUUUAGAUGAGACCAUGAGACUUGAAGAAACAUUAUUUCAACCAUUGCAUUUUUUGCUUUUAAUAAAAAUAAUUUACUUGAUUCCGUUUUUUUGCUCCUAAGUGUAUAUCAUCGCUAUGCAUCGCAACUACAACGUAUAUUCACCACACAUAAAUAGGUACCUAUGUAUACUGAAUUCAUUAAUUUAUCUCGUUUAGUAAUUUGAUUUUUCUCACGUCAGUUGUAUUUAUUUAUUUUUAAUAAGUGGCUCAAAGCUAAAAGAUGUCUGUGAAUUAAAAGUUUAAAAUGUACAUCUGUGUUUUUUUUUUAAUUUCUUUUGUAAACUAAUAAGAUUUAACAAAUGUAUGGCCAAUAAAGGCCUUUUAAAUAUCGUUUUUUGUGCCCCAUACAAAAACGUCAUUUAAAAUUUUAAAAGCCUGUUAAAUGUUUAUGAAAUCGGCUACUAAUGCUUUAAACAAAUAAAAAAGAAUAAAUAAAAUUUUUAUUAAAUUGCAUUUUUAUGUUUUUAGGAAAAUUUUGUUAGUAAAAUAUUUGGCCCACAAUUUUGUCAAAUGGCCCUCAACAAAAUUCAAAAUGGCCCUCUCUGCUUUUUUCUUCGCGGACACGCUGCUUGAGGUAUACGUGUAAGCAGAAGAAGGUUGAUAAGUUUUUUUUUUGGUUUUAAAUUUCUUUUCGACGGUAGUUAGAUAUUUAGUUAUUUUUUUAAUUGGAGGGUGGUUUUCUAUUUCUAUAUUUUUGUUUCCUUUUUGAUUAAUCGCAAGGCACAGGCGCAUUGCUUUUAGGUGUAUAGGUACACACGUAAUAAUAUGUAGGUAGGUUUUUUCCUUUUAGACAGCAAUCGUCCUUGAAAAAUGUAGUUCAUUUUAUUUUGGUUGGAAAAAGAAAUUCAAACAAGUGGUAGGUAGGUGGGUAGGUAGGUAGUGAUAAAAAUGAUCAUUCUUGGUUUUUGUUAUUUUCUUUAGUGAGGUAGGUAAUCUAUCUAUUGAUAUUGAAAAAGAGUUAUUUGGUGUGGAUUAGGGCUGUUAAAAUUUCUAUUAAAAAAUGCAUUUGCAUAAAUGCAUAAAAAAAAUGAUUCCAACCAAAAAUAUUUUGCAUAAAAAAAAUGAAUUUUACACAUUAAUUUUAAAAACAAAGCGCACUUUUUUUUAUUAUUUUCAAAAACUCAUUUUUAUACCUAUUAUAUUUUUUGUGCUAUACAAAAUACUUACCUACUUUUGUUACCUAUUUAAACACAAAAAAGAAAAGAAAAAUCCAUAGAACAACGAUUAAGCAACGAAGAAAUACAUACCUAUGUAUAGUUAACUUAAUGUCUGUACAAAAAUUAUAUCACCAAAAAUAUCGCACUCAAACGCAAACAAUGUUUCCCCCGUCCCUUACCUAACCUACCUACCAACAAAUAAACACACAAAUAAACUAACCACUUAUAAUCCAAUAAAAGUUAUUUUUGUCCUUUUGUAUACUCUUUUUAUCUAGCCAUUUUGGCACCUGUUACCUAUGUGAUGCAAUCCAAAUAAAAAAAGCUAUCCGUAUGCACACAGCAAAACGAUUCUUUUUUCAUGAUCACUAAAAAGUGAAAAAAGGCAUAAAUUCUAAUAGAUCCUCGUAGGUACCUAUGCCUUUUAACAGAAAAUUAAAACAAAUUACCUAAAUCGUACACCUACGUAUUUACACACUUUAAAAUAAAUUUCUAUUUACCCACCCUCGAAAGUUUUAUAAGAAAAAAUACACCUACUCGAAAUAAACUUAUCAACCUGCUUAAACAUACAUAUACCAAAGAUUAUAGAAUACAAAGAUGUCGCAUCCCAUAGAAGUUAUCGAAACCAAAAAUUUGAAGUGUCUUAUGUGAUCAACAUGUUGCUAGCUGCAAAAUGUUGCGAGAGCGAGGGAAUUCCUUAAAAAAAUGGAAUCUCUUUCGUUUUCUUUCUUCUGUUUUUUUUUUUUGAUUUUGUUUUGCUUCUUACGGCAACGGUGCCGAUGACGAUCACUGUGGUGGAGUUUUUUUUUUCUUACUUUUUGCCAGUUCGUCUACCCAGAUCUUCCCUCUUGUGAAAGGAUUUUUUGCAUUCCCGUUUUUUUUUUCUUUUUAGAUUAUUUUUUUUGUUAAUAUGAAGACUUUAAGAAUUUAAUAUUUUGUAGAAUAUUUUUUAGCCGAGGGUGGUUUCUGUUUUUUAUUUUUUUGUUCUCUUUUUAUAGGAUGGCAACGCACAGGUGCAUUUGUUUCACGGCCACGGCAAUCGUCCUUGAAAUAGUUGUUUUUUUUUUUUGUAUUGGAGGAUAAUUAUAUAAAUUUUUGUUCUUGUUUAAUUGCGUCUGGCAAAAUCUUUUCUUUUGUAAGGAUUUUCUUCAUUCGUUUUUUUUUUCCUUUAUUAGAUAUUUGUAUAUUUUUCGUGUUGAAGAUUUUGUAGAAUAUUUUUUAGCCGAGGGUAGGUUUUGUUUUUAUUUUUUGAGCUCUUUUAGUGCUAAUGCACAGAUGCUUGUGAUUUUUUUAGUGAUUUUCGAUAAGCUGUAUUUCAGUAAAAAAUUAUCGUAUUAUGACAAAACAAAAACAUGUGAAAGCUAUAUUCUUCUUGUUUUAGGAUUUUAUUACCAAAUAUUUUAUUUCAAAAGGUAAAAUUGCUAAAUCAUUGGAACUGUUUAAAAAACUAAAUUUUCCAAUUUUUUUGUUUUUAUUUUUUUUAUUGAUAAAUACGUAAAAUAAAAAAAAUACGCAUUAAAAAAAAUUGUUACACUCAUGAAACUAACGAUUUUGAUUAAAAUUUGUGUGUGUAGCAAUACACAUAAAAGCCAAUUUUUGAAAGAAAAAAAAACAUUUUUUGUACCGUUAUUAACGGUGCCUGCCAUAGAACGUUUUUUGUUGGUUUCUGAAUAUCUCGUCAAAAUAUAACAAAAAAUAAAAAUAAAUUCAAUUUGAAUAUUACAGAAACAAUAAUAAACAAAUACACUACACUGAACCAAAUCCUUACGUAAAUACAACGAAAAAAUUCGUUGAGCCAACGAAAGUUUAAUUAAUUUUCAGCCGGUGAAAAAUUUAAUUGGCUCAACGAAAUGGCUUUCAUACGUUAAUGAAGAACUUCAUCAACUAACGAAAACUUUCGUAUUUUAAUGAAAUUUUUCAUACAAAUUUUUGAUCGAGAAUUAAUGAAUUUUUUCAUUACUUUACGAAAUUUUUUCAUCAAUUAACGCAAAAUUUAAUUAAACUGCGAUGAUAUUUUUCGUAAGCUAACGAAUUUUUUCGUAAAUUUUAUGAAUAUUUUAAUCAAAUUACGAAAAAUAUUCAUUAGCUUACGAAACUUUUCGUAAGCCUACGAAAUUUUUCGUCCAUUUUUCUUGCCUAAAUUUUGGAAUAAAAACCUAAAAGAAUUCAUACAGUGGAGCGGAGAGAAAAUUUCUUACCAUAAAAAAAAAACAUUUGUUAUUUUGAAUUUAAAUUUUUAAUUAUCAUAAAUGAAAUAUACAUUGAAUAAAAAAAUUAAAUUAAAUACACCGAAAAUUUUGGAGAUAAAUGAAUAUUUUAUAUCGUCGAAGUAUAUGAGGAAUUCUAUCAGGGAUUUGAUGUCAUCUCCUAUGCCGAUCAGGAAUGGUUGGAUCUUGGAUGCUGGAUUAUCGGCUUUUGAGGUGUUCCAGCUGGUCAUUGGGAUGACAUCUUUGGAAUCUGAAAGAAAACAGAAAGAGAAAAAUAAAAAAAAGUAACAAUUGGUAUUACCAGAGAUACCCAAAGGAGAUGGGAAACUUUCGUACGUUUUACCCCCCAAAACCCAUUUGUUUAUUUCGUGUUGUUGUAAUCUCUUUUGUAUUCGUGAAUAAAUGUGAAAAACACACAUAGUGUAGCCACGGUGUUUUAACGCACACCUAAGCAAAAAUGUACGAUUUUUCAAGCAUACUAAGCCAAAAAUGUAUAUUUAUUCACGCAUACUUAUCCAAAAAUGUCUAAAGCAGCUUGUAGGCAAACCCGUAUGACGUCAGAAGUUUCUCAUCUCUUUUGGGUAUCUCUGGGUAUUACAAGAGACAAAAAUAUUUUUUUUUACAAAAUAUAGGAAGCAAUAUUCCAAUGGUACUUACCUUCUAUCUCAUCGGUUAUCCAAUUUUCGUGGACUUCAGCACACAUUUUUUUAUUUAUUCCGCGUGAUAGGUCUUUGCAUUUUCCGAGUUGAAUAUAAACUGUGCCUUCGAGAAAUGCACACAAGGAACGAAAAAACAGCGUUCUAUGUAUACAUUUUUUGUUGGUCUACGUUUUUUUUUUUCGUAAUGCAACGAUUUAUUUUCGUUAACUGAGAAGAUGUAUUUUUUCAUAAACCAAUGUAAAAUUUCAUUAAUCUAUGAAGAAUUUUCAUAAACUGAUGAAAAUAUUCGUUAGUUGAUGUUGAAUUUCAUAAGUUACGAAAAGUUUACGUAAUUACAUUUCUUUUUUUGAUAAAAUGAGAAUGAAAUUUUUCCAGGUACCUACAUUAAAUAACUUUUUGAUACCUUGCCUACCCUUACCACCCGCACUUUAAAACUUUUUAAUACCUUUUCUACCCUACCCAACCCAUGCCAUCCGCACUAAAUACUUUUUAAAACCUUUCCUACCCUUACGAUCCGCACUGAAUAACUCCUUUAAUACCUUUUCUUCUUUUCCAAAGAAAAAAUACCAAAGCUCAUAACAAACCAAAAAAAUAUAUUUCAACAAAAAUAAAAUCAACUUGCAAUUCAAAGGACGAUUGCCGUAGCAAACGAACAAAAAAUACUUUUAUAGCGAUGCGCCUGUGCAUUGCGAAUUGCGAUCAUACAACAAGAGAAAACAAAAAUAAAAACAGAAAACCACCCUCGGCUAAACAAAUUCUUCAUUUCAGGAAUCCCUGAAUUUUUAUAUUUCAUUAAUUUCCUUUAUUUUAUUUUUAUUUCGCCAUUCUGCUUUGCGACUUUGUGCGGUGAGCAUCGUUUUGUUUGGGCUGCGGAAAAAAAUUAUUAAAAAUGAAUGAAAAUAGGAAAAAUGGAAGAAGAUGUGCUUUGGAGCACUGCAGGAAAUCUCCGAGAAAUUCUGCAGGAAUAAAAAUGUUUGAAUUUCCUUCUGAAGACUCCAUUCGUGGAAAAAUUUGGAGGGAAGUUUGUAAUCAGCAGGGAGGGACAAAAAAACUAUUUCUGUGUGAGAAUCAUUUUCCCACAGAAUUCAUUGGGAGUAAAAAAUUAAAAAAGGACGCAGUUCCUUCUUUGUUUUUGAAUUCAGAAAAUGAUGAUUCUCAGUUAAUUGAAAUUGAGGAUUUUGAGUUGCUUCAGAGUCCUAAGCGCCGCAGAAAUAGUGACGAAAUCGAAGCAUUUUGUUCUAAUUGCGAACGAAAUAUUAAAAAUACUCACUUUUAUUUAAAAAAAUUGUCAAGGAUGGAAAAGGUUGUAAACAUUUUGCGAAAAAAGCUAAGGUUGCGCUCUAAAUUUCAAAAACAAACGCAGCAAAAACUUUUAAAAUUGAGGAAAAAUUAUAAAGAACAAACAGAAAAGUCCUCAAAAUCAAUUAGGCAAACUAUUCAAGAACUGUCCAUAUCAGAAAAAGCUAAAACAUUUUCUAAUAUGCUGACUAAGCCGAAAUCCAAAGUAUGGGAUAAAGACGAGAAAUUGCUCUGUCAAAAUAUAUUUUAUAGGUCCCAGGCUGCAUAUAAAUUUCUGCGAGACGGUUUCGAGCUCAAUAUGCCCCAUUUAAGUUCCCUUUUUAGGUGGGCACCAGUUAAAAACCUGCAACCUGGAUUUGAAAAUACAGCUUUUCCUGUUAUUAAGGCCAGGGUUUCUGAAAUGACAGGUAGGGAGAAAAAUGUAAUAAUGGUUUUUGAUGAGGUGGCAAUAAGGAGGGAUCUUGUUUACAAUUCCCACCAGGACAUAAUUGACGGUUUAGAAGAUUCCGGAUUUGAAAGAACAUCAAAAGUAGGCAAAAACGUUUGUGUGUUCAUGAUUAGAGGCCUUUUUGACAAUUUGAAGUGUGUCCUAAAUUAUUUUGUGUCGGAAACAAACAUUAAAGGGUCGAUUUUAAAUGAUAUUGUGAAAAAGAAUAUAUCCGACCUGAAUUCGAUUGGCCUUAAUGUGUUGGGCAUUGUUUGCGACCAGGGUUCAAACAAUAGAAAUUGUUUCAAAUGCUUAGGAGCCAUUGAUGUGGAAAAACCUUUUUUUUUCUUAAAUGAAAACAAAAUUUUUACAUUUUACGAUUUUCCUCAUCUGCUUAAGAAUCUCAGAAAUCUUUUAAUAUGUCAAGAUAUCUUAACACCCGAUGGCAAAGUAAGUUUUGAUGUAGUUCGGGAAUUGUACGACAUAGAAAAAGAUAACGUAGCUAAAAUGUGCCCAAAUUUGACGGAGAAACAUAUAAAUUCGUCAGCAUUUGACAAGAUGCGCGUUUCACUGGUAACCCAAGUGAUAAGUCGAACAACUGUUGCUGCAAUUAGGACCCUUGUAGAGACUAAAAAAUUAAAAAAAACUUCUAACACUGUUGCAUUAUCAACUGCUUCAUUUUUCGAACAGUUUGACAAAUUAAUGGACUGCAUGAAUAGUGGCUCGUUAUUUGACAAAAAUCCGUUCAAGUCCGCUAUCCAAGAAGGCAACGCCGUUUAUAAACAUAUUGAAGAUUCUCUUCAAUACGUCAAAGAGAUACAGAGGCUCAACGACUUGGGGUCCUUUCAUCACAUUUAUGGUAUUAGGCACACGUUAAAUGCUACACUAGGUUUGUAUCAUAAAAUGACAUCUAGCGACCAGUCAAUUACAUAUAUAUUGACAAAGAGACUUAACCAAGACGUUGCCGAAAAUCUCUUUAGUGUGGUAAGAGCAAUGGGAGGCAACAAUAAAAGCCCUUCAGUUUACGAACUCAACAUAUUACUGGCCAAAGUAAUGUCGAGUCGAUUACUCCAAUGUACACCGCAUUCAAAUUGUUUGGAUGACGAAGAUAUACCAUUGGAUAUACAUUUUGAAAAUAAAGCAGAAAAUGAUAUAUCGACUGAUCCAAUAGUAUCAAAAAGCGACCAGUUAAUAGAUAUGGCUUUAUUUCACGAGGAAUAUCAGGAAUUCCUUUCGAUAGACACAUUUGAUAGUGAUAUUAGAAUUGAGCUAACUUCUCUUAGAUAUUUCUCGGGUUAUGUAGUAUCUAAAAUGCUACCAAAGCUCAAUUGUCCCCAAUGUGAAGAACUUAUUCUGAAACGUGACGAAGUUCUUACCUGUCCCUCUGAAUUCUUUUUGUUUGCCAAAAACUAUGCAAAAAAUUCAGAUUUCGGAAAUCUUCGUGCACCGUCAGAUUUAUUUUUCCAAGUUUGCAAGAUUCACUCCGCAACUUUUGAAAAGAUAUUCAAAGAAAAAAAAACAAAUACCAAGAAUAAGAGAAGUUAUGAUGUCAGAAAGCAUUAGAUUGACACCUGACUGGUUUUCUGAGCAGGGUAAUUGCUUUGACCACAGAAAAGCAAUUACGAAAUUUUUUUUGACAAUUUUGCUCAGAAAACAUUGUUCUUGGUACGUUCAAAAGUCUAUCAAAAGCAGUAACCGCAAAAUACAAAUUCUGUCCUAAUAAAAAAUUCAAAAAUAAAAAAAAAAUAUAAAAGCAAAAACAAACAAAAAAAAAUAUAAAAUCGAAAAUUAAAAAAAAAAUACAAAAUACAAAAUCAAAAAAAAAAAUAUAAAAUACAAAAUCCAAAAAAAAAAAAAAGAAGCCAGAUCUCAACACGUCCACGUCGUUGGCUUUGGGUUACUCAAAGUUGAGAAACAAAAUUUGGUGCGGUUACUGCUUUUGAUAAACUUUUUUUUUUUAAUAUUUCUAUAAGUUGCGGAGUGAAUCUUGUAAACUUGAAAAAGUAAAUCUGAAGGUGGAUGUAGAUCUACUUAAUUUUAGUUUUGGGCAUAGUUUUGGCAACAAAACAAAAAAUUCGGUGGGAUCGAAAAACUUCGUCACUUAUCAGAAACAGCUCUUCACAUUGGGGAAAAAUAGAGUUUUGGAAUGUUCUUAAAUGCUACAUUACCCGAGAAAUAUUUAAAGAAAGUAACUCAAUUCUAAGAUUACUAUCAAAUGUAUCUAUCGAAAGGAAUUCCUGACAUUCUUUUUGAAAAAAGUCAUCUAUUAACUGAUCGCUUUUUGAUACUAUUGGAUCAGUCGUUAUGUCGUUUUUAACCUUAUUUAAAAGUGUUUAUCCAAUGGUAUAUCUUCUUCCAAACAAUUUGGAUUGGUGGACAUUCGAGUGUCGACUCAAGAUUGCUUUGGUCAGCAAUAUGUUGAGUUCGUAAACUAAAGGUCUUUUAUUGUUGCAUCCCUUUGCUCUUACCACACUAAAGAGAUUUUCGGCAACGUCUUGUUGUAAGUUUUUUUUUUUUGUCAAUAUAUAUUAUGUAAUUGACUGGUCGCUAGGUAUCAUUUUAUGAUACAAAUCUAGUAUAGCAUUUAAUAAAUGCCUAGUGUACCACAAAUGUGAUCAAAGGAUCCCAGAUCGUUGAGCCUCUUUAUUUCUUUGACAUAAAUUGAAUAUGUUCAUAAACGACAUUGGCUUCUUGGAUAGCGGACUUGAAUAACGAGCCACUAUUCAUGCAGUCCAUUAAUUUGUCAAAACGUUCGAAGAAUGAAGCAGUUGAUAAAUUUUUAGUCCAUACAACUUCUAAUUGCAGCAACAGUUAUCACUUGGGUUACCAGUGAAACGCGCAUCUUGUCAAACGUUGACGGAUUUAUAUGUUUCUCCGUCAAAAUUCGACACAUUUUAGUAACCUUGUCUUUUUCUUUAUCGUACAAUUCUGAACUACAUCAAAACUUACCACGCCAUCGGGUGUUAAGAUGUAUUUGCACAUUAAAAAAAUUCUAAGAUUCUUAAGAAGAUGAGGAAAAUCGUAAAAUGUAAUUUUUUUUUCAUUAAAAAAAAAGGUUUUUCCACAUCAAUGGCUCCUAAGCAUUUCAAAAAAUUUCUAUAUUUUGAACCCUGGUCGCAAAACAAUGCCCAACACAUUAAGGCCAAUCGAAUUCAGGUCGGAGAUGUUCUUUUUAACAAUUUCUUUUAAAAUCAACACUUUAAUGUUUGUUUCCGACAUAAUAUAAUUCAGAACACACUUCCAAUUGUCAAAAAGGCUUCUUAUCAUGAACACACAUACUUUUGCCUAAAAUUGAUGUUCUUUCAAAUCCAGAAUCUUCUAAACCGUCAAUUAUGUCCUGGUGGCAAUUAUAAACAAGAUCCUUCGUAAUUGCCACUUCAUCUAAAACCUGUAUAACAUUUUUCUCCCUACCUUUCAUUUCAGAAACAGCUUUGAAAAGCUUUGUUUUCAAAACCAGGUUGCAGGUUUUAAACUGGUGCCCACCUUAAAAGUGAACUUUAGUUAGGCAUAUUCAGAUCGAGACCGUUUCGCAGAAAUUUAUUAGCAGCCUCGGAGCUAUGGAAUACAUUUUGACAGAGCGAUUUCUCGUCCUUAUAAAACAUUUUGGUUUUCGGUUUAGUCAGGAUAUUAGAAAAUGUUUUUGCUUUUUCUGAUAUGGACAGUUCUUGAAUAGUUUGCCUAAUUGAUUUUGAGGACUUUUCAGUUAGAUUCUCAAAUUUUAUCUCAAUUUUACAAGUUUUUUUCUGUGUUUGUUUUUGAAAUUUAGAGCGUUAGUCUUUUUCGCAAAAUGUUUAAAUCCUUUUCCAUCUUUGACAAUUUCGUCAUGUAAAAGUGAGUAUUUUAUAACAUUUUGUUCGCAAUUGAAACAAAAUGCUUCGAUUUCAUCAUUAGUUCUUUUUCUGCGGCGCUUAGGUGCAACUGGAAAUCCCCAAUCCCAAUUAUUUACGAAUCAUCAGAGUUGGAAUCUCAAGACAAAGAAGGAACUGAGAUCAUUUUUAAUUUUCUUACAUCCAAUGAAUUCUUUUUGAAAGUGACUUUCACAAAAAAUAGUUUUUUUUCUGUCCCUCCCUGCACUUUACAAAGUUACCUCCAGAUUUUCUCCUGAAUAGUGUCUUCAGGAGACAAUCCAAACGUUUUAUUUCUUUUUGGAAUUUUUCAGAUAUAUUCUGCAGUACUCCAAACAUCAUCUUCUUCCAUUUUUCCUUUGAAGUUUUAUAAUUUUUUAAUUCCAUCCACUGCUUAAAUUUAACGAUGCUGACUGCACACAGUCCUAAGUCGGCCCUUUAAUUUUUUAAACGUCUGUCUUCAAAUCUAUCUUUAUGUCCGUCUGUGUGUUUGUCAGUUUCUCUAUUGUGUCCGUUUGUCCAUCUGUCUGUCCGUUUGGCUGUCUGUCUGUCUGACUGUCUGUAUGAUCACCGUCCGUAUAUCUGUGUAUCCACUCCUCCGUAUGUUCGUUCGUCUGAACAUCUGUCUGUCUGUCCGUUUGGCUGUCUGCCUAUCCGUCUGUCUAUGUGUCUUUUCGUUUCGCUGUGUGUCUGUCCAUAUGUCUGUCUUUCUGUCUGGCCUUCGGUCCCUUUGUGCAUCUUUCUGUCUGUCCUUCUGUCUAUCUGUUCGUAUUUCUGUCUGAGAGUCUAUUUCUUAGACUGUUUGGCCGUCUGUUUCAACAAAUGUAGUGCUUGACCUUAAACUUGGAGGUUUUUUGUCUAAAAUUACCUUUAAAAAAUCGAUUUUUUUAAAAAUGUUUUGAUACAUUGCACUUAAACAUCUGAAGUUACCCAAAAAAGUUAUUAAAUUGUUUUUUGCUUAUUUGCCGGUUCUUCUGCUCUGAUUGAUCGUUUAUUUCUGAAGAUAUAGCCCGAAUACUAAGUAUGCUGGGAAAAAUAACGACAAAAAACUUUUAAAAAUUAUAUUUUGAAAAACAUUUUUUUAAAUUAGAUUUUCAAGUUUUCUUGGCUAAAAUCUAUACAAAAAGUACAAGGGUAUUUGGUGUCAAAUUUUUUGUAUUAUUUUGUAGUGUAAUCAUUCAUCUUUCGAAAUAAAUAUAAAUCAUGCUUUUAGAAGGCAUGAACAAUAAUCAUUUUUAUCAAAAAACAAAAGCGACUUUCAUGGCUAAAACUGGGUUUUAUGGUUUUUAUAAUACUUCCUAUGGCCAGAACUGAACGACCACAUGGCAGCCACCAGCUUUCCAAUACAAAAAGAAUUAUCAAAAUUGGUUCACUCAGUCCAAAGUUAUGAGGUAACAAAAAAAAAAAAAUACAAUCGAAUUGAAUACCUCCUCCUUUUUGGAAGUCGGUAAAAAGAUAUUACUUGGUGGUGUUAAACUCCAUAUUUUUGCCUUAACCUCUGAAUUCUGGCAAUGAAAACAACUAACAAUUUGUUUAAAAAUCCAUUAUGCUAUUAUAUAUCUUAUCAGUAAAUUUCAAUUUUCUGUCAUAUCAAAUUAAAAAUUGAAAAAUACAAAACGGUUGAAACGCUCAGAAAACUUUUCUUUAUGAUUUUGUCAUAUUCUUUUAUGAAAAUUUUACAAAAAAAAUGUU